CUGCCUUGUACUGAAGUCUAGUGGUUAGAGCAAGGUGCUGGAAGUCAAGACUGUGAGAGUCUCUUCCUGGCUCUGCCAUCAACUCACUGUGUGACUUUGGGUAAGUCACUUACCACCUCUGGCCUCAGUUCCCUGCUCUAGAAAAUGAGGAGAAUGCUGCCCACCUCACAGGGGUUUUGUGGGGCUUCAGCCAUCAAGAAUUGUAACGCCUGUUGAGAUUCUUGGAGGAAAAGAUACUUUAUAAGGGUAAAGCGUUCUGAUUAACAUUCGUGUUACCUAGCAAGGGCUCGCCAGUUAGUACACUCCUGGCUGAAGACAAGAUGAAGGGGGAUGAAUGCUGUUUGCACUCGUUUCAUUUCAUACAGGCCUGAUGCCCUUUAGCUGUUUAAACAGACCGUGUGAUUCCUCGGUGCUGGGGGCAGUGUCCCUCGCGGCACAUUAACCCAGUGAGUGCUCAGAAGGGAGAGCUGCCUGCCACCUCACAGCAGCAGCAUGUCCCACCUCGUGGUGCGCGGCCGGCGGAUCAACUGGACUCUGGUGCUGGUGCUGGGGUAUCUCUUUUACCUCCUCCUGGGGGCCAUGGUGUUCCAGCUGCUGGAGAAGCAGGCAGAGGCCCAGUGUCGGGACCAAUUCCAGCUGGAGAAACUCAAGUUCCUGCAGAACUACACGUGCUUGGACAAGCAAGCCCUGGAGCAGUUUGUGCAGGUCAUCCUGGAAGCAUGGGAGAAAGGGGUCAACCCAGAAGGAAAUUCUACCAACCCCAGCAACUGGGACUUCAGCAAUUCUUUCUUUUUUGCAGGAACCGUUGUCACAACUAUAGGUUACGGUAACUUGGCCCCCAGUACGGUGGCUGGGCAGGUGUUCUGUGUGUUUUAUGCCUUGUUUGGGGUGCCGCUUAACCUGGCCUUUCUCAAUCAGCUGGGGAAAGGACUCAAUGCACACCUGAUCACUCUGGAGAGAUGGGUGCACAAGCCAGGCCGUGCACGGGUAGUGCAGACGCUGGCAUUGGCCCUUUUUCUGACCGCUGGGACCUUGCUAUUUCUAGUAUUCCCACCUAUGAUCUUCAGUUAUGUAGAAGGCUGGAGCUAUGGAGAAGGCUUCUACUUCACCUUCAUCACCCUCAGCACCAUUGGAUUUGGGGACUAUGUAGUAGGCACAGAUCCUAACAAGCACUACAUCUCGAUGUACAGGAGCCUGGCAGCAAUUUGGAUUGUUUUUGGCUUGGCCUGGCUCGCUCUGGUCUUUAACUUGGGAGCUGACCUGAUGGAAAAAUUCCUUCAGCUAAAGUGGCACAAGCCUGGCACAGCAGAAGAAGCCAUUACCAAGAUGGAGGAUGACCCUGAUCAACCCAGAAUCCAUAUACCUAGCUGAGAGAGGCUCAUGGAAAACACUUUAGAAAAAGCAAGGCUCCCCUGCUCCUACCUCAGACACACCAAGCAAGCUUUCUGGGUAAGAGAUUGCUGGAUCUAAACCACAGGUUGCAGACUAUCUCCAAGGGAGAAGAUAUUUUCAGAAGAAAGGAAAGCCCUUCAUAGUGUACAGGCAGCAGCUGAAUAAAAACCUUUGAGGGAGUGGGACUGUAAAACAAACAUCCCAGUAUUCAUCACUCACUUUCCACUCAACGACCCCCUGGUGCAAGUUCUCCUGAAAUAAUUAAUUACCAUCCCUCUGAUUUGAUCUUUAGCUACUGGAAUUGAAUUCUGUUGAUCUCUGGCUUUCAGAAAUCCGUAGCGACUGCCUCACAGCUAGGGUGGGAAUAUCUGACAUCAAGAGAGCUGAGCUGAAUUUCACUUCCAAGGAGACACAAUGAGAAAAACAGGACCAGGCCUGGCCACCUGUUUAACCACAUUAAUCAGAUGAAGCUUUUUCUGAAACCUCUUGGCAGGCUUUGUCCUAUAUUGUUCAGUGAUUACAUUUCUAUCAUUGUCCAGCUGGGCUGAAAAGCUUCGCCUUAAAAUUGUUUAGAAACACUGUGUCCAUUCCAGAGCUGUCUGCAUUGUAAGAACUUCAUCUGGAAUAAACAGGCAUCUGAGAGCAAAUUCUGAUCUCCCAAGUCCCUUGAUAAUACCAGUCCCUUGCUCAGUGACUACUGAUGCAAGCAGACUUCCUUAUUUCCUGCCAGUUCAGAAAUCCUUUGCCAAUGUGUGGUACCUGCUUUAGGCCCAUUCAUUAAGAAACUCUCAUGGACUAUGUGAAGUCGGUACUGUCCAUUCAGUCCUAAGCAAAACUGGCCGACUCCUCCCAUUCCAAAUCCUGCUCUCUGUUACAUGCAUAGCAUUAGUUGGUGAGAACAGGGAGUCUGAUUUUCUCACAACUGCUUUCAACCAAGAGUAACAGCUCUUACAUCAGUCAAGGAGGUGGAAAAGCAAAACAAAAGCCACACAUGUCUGGAACAAUCCUGUCACUGAACCAUAGAAAUAUGGGUCCCACAUACAACAAACUUUAUAAAGAGUUAAUCAAUAACGUCUUCUACAGAUAAGCUUGUAACCAUUAUGACAUAUGCUACUUCUGUAUGUGACAUUCUAAUAACAUAUAUUAAUAACUUAUUAACCCUUUAUAAACCUGUUAUAAAUGGAACCUUCAUGUACAGUGUGCCCAAAAUACAACCUGGCUGACAGAGUUAACGAGCAGUGGCCCAUGAUUUAUUGAUUACAGUUCACCAUAUGACAGUCUCUCACCUAGCAAUUUGAUAUUUCACGGUGGGGAAGAUGUCUAUAAAAUCUGCCACAAAUUGUGCUGCCUGGAGAAGGAGUGCAUAGAGUGUGAAAGUCAUCCCACACAUCUGCUCUGCUGGAUUCUCUGUUCUCAGGAAUCACAACAAAGACUUGAUCUUGCAUCUUACCUGGUACCUGUUUUUCCCACUGAUGGUUGGAACCUGGAGACUCCAGACUGGGUGCUCAAGUCUGAAAUGCUGGGAAAUAAGAGUGGACAGCUCCCAGUUAUUGGGCUUACUCAGUAAGGCCCGAGACAUCAUCACCCCAUUCUACACCUCAUUCUGAUCUUGCUACUUGCCUACCUUACAGCUCUUGUCUAUCUCCACUCUCCUAGCACUUAUCUCCUCUCUGUCCCUUCACACAAUCUCCUAAAUGAGUGCAAGAACCAUCUGCUCUGUAGCCUCUGCGGUCUGGAACAGCUGCCUUGUAUCUCUGUGAGUUAGCUAGCUCUCCAUAUUUUUGCAACUCUCAUCUGAAAAUCUCUCUUACCUAUAUCCAGUCUUUUCCCUCCCUCAGACCAAAUGCUCACAUGUAGUCAUUAGAUGCUGUCUUUACACCACUGUCUUUGUAAUUUAUAUUAUAUUCUGUCUUAUAUUAUCUAGCUCUAUGAAACAUUGUGGGCUGCAGUUGGUAUGAAGGACAUGAUCAGGUACCAAAUAAAGUUGUACUGACUUGUGCAUAUGAUCCAGAUUCCAUCCAAUCCCUCCAGUCUUCCACACCUUCCUAGGCAACACAACCAUGUGUGCCAGACCAGCAUGUGUGCCAGACCAUGUGUGCCUUUAGCCAGGUGUACAAAAUACCUUUCACUGUGCUGCCUGCCACACAAUGCACUAAACAUGUGCAAAGAUGACUAGACCGGGGAUAUAACACGUGCAUUACAUGUUGGAGAGCUCUCUGCUACUCUAUUCCCCCUCUGCCUCCUGGCAGCUUGCAGUUGGAGUCUCCACUUCCUCAGCCCAGUCCUCCUAUAAGUGUACAGCUCCACUGUCGGCCCUUGGCUUUGCCAAACAGUAACAGAGCAACACUGACAUGAUUUUUGUCAGUUUCCAGUGCCACCCACAGGAUUUUGAAUAGAGCUGGGCAGCAAAUGCUUUUCCCAUCCCACAAGUAUUUUGAAGAAUUUGAAAAUCUGUAUUGUCCCCAAUUGGGACAAAAUCUCAAAAACGUUGAUGAAAUGGGGAAAAAAUUGGUUUGGACCAAUUGAAACAUUUUGCUGCAAUGAUUUUUUAAACGUUUUGUUUCCUUUUUUCCCCUUUGAUUAACUCUUUUUAGUCUUAACAGCUUAAAAUUUGAAUCAAAAAGUCAUUCCGGACCAGUACAUUGGAAUUCUUUGUUUUGAAAACGUCAAAGAAACGUUUAAACAAUUUCAAAAC